AUUGCCAUUCUAUUUCUAUUUUGGGCAACGCCGGCGGUAGCGGAAAGAAAUCAAGAAUGGGAAAGCGAGAUAAGAAGCAGAGGCAGCAACAAAGAAAUCCCCAUCGAGGAGCCUCUUACUAUGCUGAUGGCCAAGACGACGACUAUGAUGACCAGCUGAGCCUGCCCUCGUCUUCUUCUUUUUCCUCUGCUUCCAAGCCAAAUGUUCCCGAAGCAGAAGAAGAAGAUGAUGAUGAUGAUGAGGAAGGAGAAGAAGAAGAAGAAGAGAAGAGUGAAGAUUACCCAUUGAAGGGCGUGCCUUCAAAAUUUCUUCUUUACCAACAAUCCGUACAGUCUCCGAAGGGAGACAUAAGCUAUUUGCAGAAGUUCUUUCUGAUGUAUGCGGGUGGGAGGUUGCCUCUCCAUCUCCAAGAAGAUUUUUGUGGAACCGCUCUUCUUAGUGCAGAAUGGAUCCGCAGUAAUCCAAGGAGGACUGCUGUGGGAUUGGAUCUGGACGUUGAGGCACUAAAUUGGUGCAUGGAGAACAACAUCAAUAGAGUUGGGGCUGAUGGGUAUUCCAGAAUCUCUCUCUUUCAUGGCAAUGUCUUGCAACCUCUUGAGGCCAAACUCGUAAAAUUUGAGCCUCUUGAACUGAUAAGUAACAUCACACUGCAAGAGGGCAAAGAUGGUUCAGGGAAUUGUGCCCUGGAGUCUGCUGUGCAAGUGGACUCUACUACUGAGGAUAAGUACAUGAAGAACAUUCUACUGCCUCCAAGAGACAUUGUUUGUGCAUUUAACUAUAGCUGCUGUUGUCUCCAUAAACGUGCAGACCUGGUUUUAUAUUUCAAGCAUGUGCUUGAUGCCUUGUCAAAGGAAGGUGGUAUAUUUGUGAUGGAUUUAUACGGUGGGAUAUCUUCGGAGCGCAAGCUAAGACUUCAGAGAAGAUUUGCCAAUUUUACGUAUGUUUGGGAGCAAGCUGAAUUUGACAUCAUUGAGCGCAAAACAAGGAUAAGCCUCCAUUUUCAUCUCCAAAAGCAGAAGAGAAAACUUCGACACGCAUUUUCAUACAGCUGGAGGCUGUGGUCAUUGCCGGAGAUCAAAGACUGCUUAGAAGAGGCCGGCUUUCGAUCUGUCCAUUUCUGGCUCCGGGAAAUGCCGGACACUGAAGAAAACAGAAUGACAGAGGGGUUUGGUGCCGGCCGAGAUGUGAAAUAUGAAGAGGUGAAAAGUUUUCAGCAACAAGAUGCUUGGAAUGCAUACAUAGUAGGGGUUGCGUAGGUCCAUGUUUUCUAGUGAUGGAUCCAUUAUCACCACAACUUUUAUGAUAGUGCUCAUGAUUAUCGUAAUUGCAUUUUUUUUCGGAGAUUACCAUAAUGAAUCUCAAAAUGUUGGAUAGAGAUUUUCAGCAAUUUUUGCUAUUCAUAUUGUUAUUAAUUCAGGUAACAAAUAUGAGAAUUUUUAUGGGGUCA